AUGUCUCCUUCAAUUGGCGAUAUGGAACCUGCGGAGGCAGAGUCCGCCUACUUCAACGAAUACCCACCUCCCAAGGCCCUACCCAAACAUGAGGCUCUGGCGCGAGCCUUCAUCGAGCGUCAUGUCGAAGCGAACCGGCGCGUCGUGCUCGUCACAUCCGGUGGAACGACAGUGCCUCUUGAAGCGCAAACCGUGAGAUUCAUCGACAAUUUCUCUGCGGGUACCCGUGGUGCUACCUCCGCAGAGUACUUUCUCGAGCAAGGAUAUGCGGUCAUCUUCUUGCACCGACAAUACAGUCUCCUCCCAUACUCCCGGCACUACAGUCACUCGACGAAUUGUUUCUUAGAUUUCAUGGACGAAGCCCCUCCUACCUCGGACUCGGAAAACCCCGAUCACGGCCGGAUCGUUGUACGCAGCGAAUACCAAGAUGAGAUGCGUGACGUGCUGCGCAAAUACCGCUACGCCAAACAAAAUAAUCUCCUCCUCUUGCUUCCCUUUACGACCGUGUCCGAAUACAUGUUCGAGCUGCGGUCACUGGCCAAGCUGAUGCAACCGCUCGGCUCCAAUGCGCUGUUCUAUCUGGCCGCCGCAGUCAGCGACUUCUUCAUUCCGCGAAGCCGCAUGGCCGAGCACAAAAUUCAGUCCUCGGAGAUUCCUGCCAACUUCUCUCAUGAAGAUGCCAUUGGGUCAAACGAGAUCUAUACCGGCGAGAACGCGCCCGAACCGCCCAAAGCAAGCAAGAAGCUCGUCAUCGACCUCGACCCUGUGCCCAAAUUCCUUCAUCGACUGGUCGACGGCUGGUCUCCCGAGGGUAGUAUGGUCGUUUCAUUCAAACUCGAAACCGACCCUUCGUUACUGGUAUACAAAGCCAAGACCGCCCUGCAACGAUACUCUCAUCAUCUUGUGAUUGGCAACUUGCUCUCCACCCGCAAGUGGGAGGUUGUGUUCAUCACACCGAACCCACCCUACGAACGAUGGAUUCGUGUUCCCAAGGCGCGGCGCAGCAAGAGCAUCUCCGGUGUCGAGGACCAAGUGGGCCUCGCUGAGAUCAAAAAGGGCAAAGAAGCGUCUAGCAAUGAAUCGGAGAAGCCUCCAUCUGAGAGUGCAGGCGAUGGCAUUGAGAUUGAAAGCAUCAUCAUCCCUGAGCUGGUCAAGCUUCACGGGGCGAUGAUUCAAGACAGGACGGAUAAGGCACAAUGA